AUCUUCGCAAGCUUCUCAUUAUCUCACAGUGAAUUAGUCAUAUUUAAGCUUUAUUCAUUUGCCGGUCCAUCAACUGGAGGGAGAAAUACAUUUGCAUCAGUGAAAACAUGGGUGUCCUUGCAGUAAUAGCCAAACGUUUGGAUGCACUAGUCGGGCCUGGAGUGAUGCUUCUUUAUCCACUAUACGCAUCAGUGAGAGCAAUCGAGAGCCCUUCAACCAUGGAUGACCAGCAGUGGUUAACAUACUGGAUUAUAUACUCAUUUAUAACCCUGUUUGAGUUAUCAUGUUAUAAGAUCCUGGCGUGGCUCCCGUUUUGGCAAUACAUAAAGCUUUUAUUUUGCAUGUGGUUGGUGUUGCCAAUGUUCCAUGGGGCAGCUUAUAUCUAUGCAAAUUACAUCAAGAAAUAUGUAAAGAUUGGUGGGCUUGUAGGCUCAUCAAAUUAUACGAAAGACCAAAUGAAGGUUCUCGAGAUGAUGAGCUUUGAUGCAAGGAAAUCAGUAACUCAGUAUGUUGAUAAACAUGGAUGGGAAGCACUUGAACGGGCUAUCAAAGCGGCUGAAAAGGAAGCAAAGAAGCAUUGAGAAGAUCUCUAAGUCGUCAUGCAAGUGUAAAAGAUAUAGAAGGAUACUAUAUAUUUGAAGAACAAAUAUGGACUAGCUAAUUGUGUGCUGAUGAUGUCUCAGCAAUUGACAUGAUCGUCAAAUUAAUAAAUUCUUAAAAUUUGAUUGUGUAAUCAAUUAGCUCCUGAUGAUACGGUGAAAUUUAUGUUUUCAGAUUCUCGAUCAAUAAAACGUUUACAUCUUGGAAUGCUCUUAUCAUUA